AUGAAGGAGACAACUCCUCCACCAACUCCUGCUAGGGAGGCAACUCCUCCAACUCCAAUAAACCCAGAUCCCCCGUCUCCGGUCGGACAGACUCCUCCUCCAGCUCCAGUCGACCCUACGCCUCCAACAUCCACUGGGAUAAAAGCCACCCAUGCUGAGCGGCUGAAGGUGGUUGAAGCGAAGCAUUCUGAUGCCCUUAAGGAGGCCAAGGCGAAGCAUACCGAGGCCCUCAAGGAGGUUGAGGCAAAGCACCUCGAGGCGCUGCAGGUGACCGAGGCCAAAAUCGCUUCUCUUGAAGAAGAGCUGAAAAAGAAGGAUGCGAGUAUUGCCAAGAUCACUGCAUCCAAGGAGCAGUAUAAGGAGACUUCACUUAUAAAUUACUGGGAAGCCCACAAACUUCAAGAUGAGCUGGAGAUAAGCCGCAAGGAAGUUGCUGCACUGGAGGAACAGAAUGCCCGCAACCUUGAAGACUAUGAAGGGACGGCGUUCGAGUGUUUCUACUUAUUCUGGAAAAACAACCCCAGUGCUAACUUCUCCUAUCUUCCAGACCAUAUCAGGGAGGUGGAGUUGGCUAGGUGCGUUGCUCGUCUAGAAGAGGAAAAAUUCCAAGGUCUCCAGAGAUUUCUUUAG